CUCCAACAAGUAAAGUCAAUGAGGAACUGGCAGGAAGUUCCAAUUCCCAGGUGACUCACAAGCAGGCCAGUGAGCAAAAGGAAGUUUUUCCUUAUCCUGAAAUUAGUAAUGAAGAAUUGCAAGAAAUCAAUGACUUCGUAGCACCCGUGGAAAAAUUCUUCCAGGAAGAAGUGGAUUCUAAGAAAAUUGAUGAAGAUGCUAAAAUUCCACAAGAAACUCUUAAUGGGCUGAAGAGUCUGGGCCUUUUUGGCAUGCAGAUACCCGAGGAAUAUGGUGGCCUUGGUCUUUCAAAUACAAUGUAUGCCCGUCUAGGAGAAAUAACUUCUCAAGAUGGAGCCAUUGCCGUAACUUUGGCAGCUCAUCAGGCUAUAGGGCUAAAGCAUUGCAUCAUGUAUGCCAUAUAUGCCAUUCAGUGA